ACGCCCCCAAACCCAAAGAUAACACAAAAUCUCUCUCUCUCUCUCUCCUGCGAUGGAUCGAGCUCAGCUUCUUCUGAUCGGGUUACCCCUCUUCCUGUUUUGCUCAGACAUCGUCAACCUCUUCGUGCCACGCCCACCGCCACCGAAACCGGCCCAGCAGCAGCAGCACCACCACCACCAACCCCAACCCCAACCGCAACAAGGGAUUCAGCAAACCCUGGAUUUCCCUGCGCAGAAAACUAGCGCUGUUGGAGCAAUCGGCAUCGGCAACACCGUCAAAAUCGAUUACUGCUCCUCUUGUUCCUACAGAGGGACUGCAGCGACUAUGAAGAAUAUGCUAGAAACUCAAUUUCCUGGGAUGGAUGUUAUUCUUGAAAACUACCCCCCUCCACUUCCAAAACGAUUAUUGAGCAAAGUUGUGCCUGUCGUUCAGUUUGGUGUUAUUGGUAUCAUUAUGGCUGGCGAGCAAAUCUUCCCAAAGUUGGGAUUUGUGGCACCACCUCCUUGGUACCACUCUUUGCGUGCAAAUAGGUUUGGAAGCAUGGCAAGCACUUGGCUUCUUGGGAAUUUCCUUCAAUCCUUCUUGCAAAGUUCUGGUGCUUUUGAAGUGUACUGUAAUGGUGAAUUGGUAUAGUUCUUUUCUCUUGCAUUAAUGGCUGAUGCCAGCUUUUAGUUAAUUAAUUUAUGCUUUGCUUGUUAGUAGUGUUUUUAAUUUUAGACAGCUUUGAGGGACUGUAAGGGUUUAUAGGAGGAGAUAAAAGAUAGGGCGAUGCAAUUUUUCCCUUUUUUGGGUUCUGAAGAGGAGCUUUGAAUAAUAAUAAUAAUAAUAUGCCUGAUUCCUCUAUCUUUGUUUCUUUCUCUCUGUCUUGUUUGCCUUGGCCGCCUUUUUUUUCUGGUCAACCAAGUGUGAGUACAUUUUUUUUGUGGCUUACUGGAGUUGUACCUAAUGCAAAGCGUCAUCAUUGUUCCUUGGAUCACCCCAAGAUACAUAAUUUCUAUUAUAUUCGAAAAACGUUUAUCCAAUUUGACCAGAUUUAAAAUAUUUUGUCACUUAUGUACUCACGCACUCGCUCUCAGAACUGCUCCUUCUCUGUGUGAAUUAUGUUUUGCCAUCUUAAGCUUCGAUCCUAGAAUUUCCCUUCUCAAACAAUGGUGUCGAUCAAACUGCUAUAGUUCAGAUUCCUGGGAUUAGUAUGUUAUUCCUUGCCAACGUAUGAAAUUGUAUGCGGUCAUCUGAAAUAUAUGUUCAUUGAUAGCUUAGAAACACGUUUACUCUUUCUUCGGGAGCAUUGAAGAUUUCAUGUCAGGCUAUAAUGUUUAAUUGUUUAACCUUUAUUUGCCAAAUGAUUGUGCCUACCUGCUUUUUGAAUUCAAAAAACGUGGUCACUGAUUUCUUGCCACAAAAUUUGGUUUUUCUAAUCUUUGACUGGUAUCUGUUUAAGUGUGUGUAGUUGGCACUAUUCAAUCCUGGAUCUUGAACUAUGAAGAUUUGUGGUUUUU